AUGUCUGUCGCAGAGCAGAGACUAGAGGUCGACUCCGAAAUCGAUGAUGCUGACGGAUUUUACUACGAUGAUCAACUGUCCUCCUACACGGCUUCAGUAACUAAGAGCGUCACCAACUUCCCCGAAGAAAAUGGCAGGCGUUAUCAUGCCUUUUGCGAAGGACGCUAUCUCAUCCCCAACGACGAAAGGGAGAACAACCGUCUCGACCAUUUGCAUAGGAUGGUGCUUGGGAAUGACCUUAGCCCAAUUCAACCUUCAUUCGUCCCUCCGAACGUGAAGUUUAUAGUCGACGAUGUUGAAGCCGAUUGGGUGUACGAAAAUUCUCCAUUCGAUUUUAUUCAUGCUAGAUCUGUUGAGCUGUCUAUCAAAAACAUGCCGAGACUUGUCAGCCAGGCUUAUAGGGCUUUGAAACCUGGUGGCUGGUUUGAAUGUCAUGGCUGGGAUACUAGGGUGCAGUCUUUCGAUGGCUCCACAAACGGCACAUCUUUGGACCAGUUUAAUCAGAUAGUGUUAGAUGGUUUUGCCAAAGGAGGGUACUAUACUCGUUUUGAGCCAGACAAGAUGGAGCAAUGGUAUGCAGACGCCGGCUUUAACAAGUUCCAUAUCAGAAAAUAUUCUAUUCCUCUAGGGACGUGGCCGAAGGACAAGGGAUAUGUACGAAUCCUCAAUUUUCCCGUCAAAGAAAGUCAAAAAGGUGCUAAUUCUGAAUACGCACAGAAAACCCUUGGUGCAAGCCACCUUCACCAAGCCGAAGAAGGCCUGGAAGGCAUGGCCAUGGCCGUACUGACUCGGCUUGGGCAAUGGAAACCCGAAGAGGUCCGGAUCAUGGUCGCUAACGUGCGCAUGGAUUUCCGGAACCGGAGAAUCCAUCCCGUCUUCAAUUUUUACGUCUGCUAUGGUCAACGACCUGAAUAG